AUGUCAGGGUACUCCAAAGUCGGCACAUCUGGUGUUUAUGAGGCAGGUGACCAGAGAAAUGUUGCGAGAUCCGAGAUGCCGCAAGCAGAGAAAUACAACGAGGGUCAACACGCAUCACACAUUGGACUCGAUUCAAAGGAUCAACGCUCUAUAAAGAACAGGCUGGCCGCGGAAGAGCGGAGAGAAGAGCCUGAAGAUGACCUUGAGACGUCUUUAUCGAAGAAGGACCCAACACUACCAGCCAAGAUGCAUGGCAAUGAACCAUCGAAGGGGGCCAAAGUAGACGCUGAACUAGCGGCAGAUGAGGAAGAGUAUCUCAGACGGAAGGGCAAGGCUUAA